CUGCCCGGCGGGCGCGGAAACUUGGGCCGAGUUUGCGGGCAGCGCGUGGGCAAGGGGCGGGUGGCCCUGCCCCAGGGCGCCCCUACCGGCCGGCCCCGGGACGGAGCGCAGGGGCCGGGGCCCAGGUGCUGAGGCUUCGGGCGGUCAGGCGGCGGGGCCCGGUCGUGCCGCCGCCUGGACUUUGCCAGGACUUGGAUGCUCCCUGGGCCUGGUAGAGCCCCGGAACCCCAGCAGUGCCCGGGCGUAGGACUGGCGAGGAGUCAGGCGGAUCCCUCGGGCCUCUCGCGGGGCCGGGCUCACGCGGAUUGCCGGGCGCAGACUCGGGGUGGGGGUGGGGCUUGGGAUUGGUGGCGGCGGGCGCAGAGGUGCCGCGGGGCCGUGGACGAGCCCUGUUGGAACAGGACCGCCUGCGGUUUCCUCGCCACCGCUUGACUCACUCUCUGGCUGCAGCCCAGGCUGGCGGGAUCGCCCCGAAGGAGGUGGCUGCCCGGACUCUGCGGCUGGACGGGCCCCCUCCCCUCCACCUCCUGGACCUCACUGCAGUCUUCGGGGCUUCGAUCCGUGGGGGCUCCGAGCGCGAACCUCCCGGCUUGCACACGUGUGCCUGAGCCAGGGCGGUGGGGGGCAUCUGUGCAGAUUCUGGCCGUGCACGUACGUGCAGGAACGGCUUGGCGUGCGUGGUGGCAGGCUGUGUGUCAGCCUGCUGGGGUGCACGUGCGUCGCAGAGCGGCAGAGAGGAGAGAGGUUGGGGGGACACCCGGAAGCCUGGCGUGUCGGUAGGGCGCCAGUUCCAUAGCGAAGCCGGUUGUGGGCCUCAGGCACGAUGGUCAUGGGCGGGGCCGGUAGAGGGAAAUUUAGUGGUCGCGCAUCUGGAGACCCUUUCUAUUAAACUGGAAAGUGUGGACUUGCCCCAUAUUGGGUGUCUGGAGAGCUCAGAGCCUCAGCUGGCAAAGAGUUUUAGAAGACCGGUGUCUCUUAGAGCUGGAGAAUACUGAUGCCGGCCUCAACAACUCGGCUGGGUUCGCGCUCUUCCUGAGGCCCCAAGGAUGUGACGUGGAAAUGGGAAUGGACCCACGGAGUUGUUUGUCUCCCCCGAGGGGAAAGACGGGAGUGUGGUGGGCGCUCGACCCUGCCCUGGGUUCUGGCUGCGGUUAGAGCGCAUGUAAGAAGAACUAGAAGAACUUGACAUCUCCACAGAAGGAUCACCCGUGGACCUACCUUCUCCAAGCGUCCAAGGCCACCUCAGUGUCCGGAAACAAGGCACCUUCAUUUUGGCUGCUGUCUGAGUGGGGGUGGGGCCUCCUCUGGGGGAGCUUUCCAUCCUUCCUACUGUCAGGACAUAAUGUUGCCUCCACACCUUUCAGAGCCUUGGGCUGAUUCUCUGGAACCCUCCCUCCUACAAAGACUCCCGAGGGUCCCAGGUGGCUGGUUCUCAGGAAGUCUCUAGGGCAAAGGGCACGGGUUGGGCUGAGCCCGGGAGAGAAGGGCUCUUGAGACCGGUGGUUAGAGCAGGUCCCAAGGAGCAUUCGUGGAGGUGAGACCAGAGCCAGCCCUUAAUUAACCCAGAGCUCCCCAAGGAUGGAGUGGUCUAGGUGCCCUCUGAAGCAUCCAGCCGAGCCUUGUGGUGGUGCACAUCUUUAAUCUCAGCACCAGGAAGCAGAGGUGGGUGGAUCUCUGGUCAAGGACAGUUUGGUCUGCAUGGUGAGUUCCAGGCCAGCUAGAGAUAAACAGUGAGACUUAGAAAAGAAAAAAGAAAACAAAACAAAGCAAAAUCAGCCAUAAAAACAUACAGCAGUGGAGGAUGGGGCUUUCCCUUAGGACACAUGUCCUUGUCUUGAAGGCUUCUGUGUUGCUGUCUGCUGGCUGGGAAUGGGCCCAGGCCAUACUACCCUUUACCUUUUUUCCUCCCGUGCUGGUCUGACUCUGAGCCCCAAUCCUUGGCCACUGUCCAGAGAGGAGAAAGCUGGUCCCUGCUUGCUUGUGACAGAAGCUUCUGGUGCUUGACCUGUGGCCUACUCAUAGGACUGUUGAUCCCAUUUACCUUCUUCUAAGCCAUCGAGGGGAGGGAGAGGAGGGCCAGUGAUAGCCCUAGCAGACAAGCCUCAGAUGGAGCCGCCCAUCAGUCGUGGUCCGUAAGUCAUGGAUGCCUGUUUUGUUAAGAAAGUGCCUGUGAUCACUGUGGACAUUGAUCCUCAUCCUUCUUUGGACUUGCCUCUGUGCUGCAGAACCCAGAUUUAUUAAGGAAAAGUGAGCAAGUAAGAAGAGUUUGAAAGGUUCCAAAGGAAGAAUACCCGUGCAUUCUUUUUCCAGCACUUAAUCUGUCCAUCAGUAAAGUAUGGAGGAAGUAGUUGCCAGCUAGGACUCCGGGCCCUUGGGGCCUCCCAUCUCCCCAGGCAUGCAUCCCCGCUCUCCUAGAUCAUGUGCACAAGGCCUGGAGAUGAACACAGACACUCCUCCCCUGAGCCCAGGACCAUCUUGUUGGCUCCACAGCACCACCUGCUGGUCAGCAAGUCAAGUGGCAGGGGUCCAGGAGGGCUUGACACCUCCGUCGUAAUGGCAGAGAAACGGCCCCUGGGGCCUCUGGGGCCUGUGAUGUAUGGCAAGCUGCCCCGCCUGGAGCCAGACCCAGGGCCUGGACAUGGCCUGCCCCUUUCUGCUGCCAACCAGGACUCCUGCAAUUACAAGGGUGCAUAUUUCUCCUACCCCAUAGGGGGUGCUUCCAAGGCAGGGUCUGAGCGGUUGGCAUCCUGGACCCCGUACCCACCCUUGUACCCCACUGAAGUGGCAGGAUCUCCCCUCCGGACUGACAGCCUGUUGACAAACUGCCUGCUCUACCGCCCUCCCACAGAAGGUUCUGAAAAGAUAAAAGACUCCAGUGAGCUCCUGCCCUUUGGUCCCCAGGCUCAUGCCUACCCAGGCCCACCACUGGCAGCGCCCAAGCCUGUCUACCGCAGCCCUUUGUGUUACGGACUCUCCGCUUGCCUAGGGGAUGGGGGAGCAAAGAGACCGUUGGAUGUUGACUGGACCCUGGUGACCGGGCCCCUGUUACCCUCUGCUGAACCACCCUGUUCUCUGGCCCCAGCUCCUGGCAAGGGCCAGCCCCUGGAUGGGACGUUCUUACGUGGGCUACCAACUGGGGGACCUGGCAAAGACCCCUCCCUGACUUUUUCCCCAUGCCAGGCAAUCCUGGAGAAGUAUCGAACCAUCCACAGCACAGGCUUCCUGCCUUCCAAGUACACGGGUCCUUAUUCUGGGGAACCCAAGCAAGCAGUAUCUGAGGGGCCCUCCAGUCCUUGGACCCAGCUUGCCCAGCCCCUCGGACCACCUUGCCAGGAUGCAGUGCCGGCCCACUACCCGCUGCCCCCACCUCCACAGGCCUUGCCUUGCCCUCCAUCUUGCCGUCACCCAGAGAAGCAGGGGAACUAUGGCUCUCUGCUCCCACUGCCACCUCUGGGAGCGCACAAGGGGGCUGCAUACCAGGCUGGUGGGCUGGGCAGCCCCUACCUGAGGCAGCAGGCAUCCCAGGCCCCUUAUCUGCCCCCUGUUGGGAUAGACACUUAUUCCUACUCUCCUGCACCCCUCCCAGCACCCUCACCAGGACUCAAGCUGGAGCCCCCUCUUGCUCCAAGGUGCCCACUGGACUUUGUCCCCCAAACUUUGGGAUUUCCUUAUGCCAGGGAUGACCUCUCUCUCUAUGGGGCAUCCCCAGGGCUUGGGGGAACACCACCUUCCCAUGCUCAGAACAGUGUGCAACCCGUGCCACAGCCCAGUGCCUUCCAGCGAGCAUGCCAGCCUUUGCCAGCCAGCCAGCCAUGCUCUGAGCCUGUGAGACCUGCAGAGAAACCAGCCCCGGAAGCUCAAGAGAAGACCUGGCUACCCAGCUGCAGGAAAGAGCAGCUCCACCCCAGGCCCAGUGAGCGUCCUGGGGUACCCAUUGUCAUUCGAGACAGUCCAGUUCCCCGUACUUCACCAGCACUGCUCCCCUGUGCCAAGGAGCGCCAGUCUCUUCCACAGAAAGAUGCCAAGCCUCCCAGCUCUCCACCCAUGCCUGUGAUUGACAAUGUUUUUAGUCUGGCCCCCUACCGUGACUACCUGGACGUGCAGACACCGGAGCCCACGGCUGAGCAGGACUGUGCCAGUAAGAGCCAAGACAAAGAUCGCAAGGGGGCCCUGCCUGUCCAGGAUGGGACUUCUGGGCCUCACUGCUCUCUUCGUGAGGAAGUGGCUCUGGACUUGAGUGUGAAGAAGUCUAUGGCAGAGGCUGUCCCUGUCAAGGUCCCUAGUCCUGAGGUACAUGAUAAGUCCACUGAAGCUGUGAAUGGGCCAGGUAUAGAAAACACAGUGUCGGGCUUGCCGGGCCUGAAAAAGAUGGUCACAGAAAUAUCUGAAGUGGCCACAGAAGCCACACCAAGGACCAACUUCCACAGUUCCGUGGCCUUCAUGUUCCGAAAAUUCAAGAUACUCCGACCUGCACCCUUACCUGCAGCUCUCGUCCCAUCCCCACCUACCCUGGCUCCUGCUCCUCCUCCUGCCCCUGUCCCUGUCCCUGCCCCUGCCCCUGCCCCUGCCCCUGCCCCUGCGCCCAACCCCCCAUCCAUGCCCGUGGGACUGCAGAUUCUCACUCAGCCUUUGCCGGUGGCGUGCUUCAACCUAGCCCUGCCGAGCCCGCCGGCCAUAGCCGUGGCCUCCCCGGCCCCAGCCUCUGCUCCUGUUCCAUCACCAGCUCCGGCCCCUGCUCCAGCCUCUGCUCCAGCCUCAGGCCCUGCUCCAGCCACUGCUCAAGUUUCCACCGCGACCUCAGCAGACUCCCUAGAACAGCACUUUACAGGGCUGCACGCAUCCCUCUGUGACGCCAUCUCAGGCUCUGUGGCUCAUUCUCCACCAGAGAAACUUCGGGAGUGGCUUGAGACCACUGGGCCAUGGGGCCAGGCUGCAUGGCAGGACGGCCAGGGUGUGCAGGGGCUCCUGGGCAAGCUGCUGUCCCAGCUGCAGAGGUUUCUGUGCACACAGCAGUGCCCCUUCCCUCACGUAGUACGAGCUGGUGCCAUCUUCGUGCCCAUCCAUCUGGUGAAGGAGCGUCUCUUUCCUAAGCUGCCACCCGCCUCUGUGGACCACGUGCUGCAGGAGCACCGUGUGGAGCUACGGCCCACCACUCUGUCAGAGGAGCGUGCGCUGCGUGAAAGGGCCCUACAUGGCUGCACCUCACGCAUGCUGAAGCUACUGGCCUUGCGCCAGCUGCCUGAUAUCUACCCUGACCUGCUGGGCCUGCAGUGGCAUGACUGUGUACGCCGCCAGCUGGGUGGCUUUGACACUGAGGCCAGAACUUUAUCCCCUUCAGAACCCACAGUGACCAGAGAUGAACCAGAACACCACUCCCUGGCUCGUAAGUCACCAGCCCCCAAGGUCAAGAAGCCAGGGAGGAAGCCACCAGCUGGCCCUGAGAAAACAGAGACGACCACUGGGGAAGGGUCACGGGACCCCUCACCUAGCUCUGGCACCAGCACCAGUCCACCAGGUCCCACCAUGAGGGCACGCUUCCGCAGCCUGUUGGAAACCGCCUGGCUCAAUGGGGUGGCACUGCCUACUUGGGGCCACAAGGCCUCAGGACCAGACCGACCUUCGCCUCAGCCCCAGCUCCUGGGCAGCCAGAGCCAUCAUCUGUAGCAUCGGUAGCUAGUGUUGUUGGGGCAGUCAACCAUCUGGGGACCACUGUGUACCUGUCCUGACAUCCAACUGCCCAGGGCUGAGAGUGGAUAACAGGGCCGGGCCCCCCUAACUGGGCAGAGACUUCUGAACUUUGAACAUGGGGGUCUUUGUUAGAAGGGAUUCCUUCCCAUGAGAAAAGCUGUGGGCGUUGGAGCCAACCCGACCUGGCCUUGAACCCUGGUGUUCCUUGUUGCGUGUCCUGGGCAAACACUUCACCUCUCAUGAGCCCCUGUUGACCAUUUGUAGAAUAAGACAACGCAGCCUACCUCACAAGGGUUGGAGUGGGGAUGAUGUCUGAUGUACACCUAUGAUGAUUUGCUCUGCUUCUUGCCCGGGACAGGCCUUCUUGUCAAGUAGAACCUUGUUGUCUUCAUGUGUUCGGGGACCUGGUUACCUUAGGGUGGUGUAUUGUACGAUGUAUAUGGCUCAUACACACUUCCUCUGAGUCCACUGCUGGUGCAGGGAGCUGGCCUGGGGCUGGCCUGAAGACCCUGAGUCUGCUCUGGAUUCCUAUCGAUGACCUACCUGGGCUGUAUCACAUACCCCCGUGAAGUUGUACCAAGCAGCUACAGAGACCCGGCAGGCUGUGUCAGCCCAAUUCUAGGAGGCCUUUGAAGAUCUGGACUGGGGACUCUGGUAUUUCCCAAGGCUCUUGGGGCUACCUCCCUGCAGUGGGCUGAGCUCAGCUGGUGGCUGCCAAGCUGUGCCUCCUGCCUUAUUUAAGGGUUUUGUUGAGACUGGGCCCUGGGGGCCAGCUAUUAAAGCAUUGGGUUGUUUUUAGAA